AUGUCCCGACUGACCACCCGCGCGUGGCUGAUCUCCAUCAGAACCCUCACCACGACGUGCAUCCCGCCAUCGACCACCUUACCUCAAGAACUCAGCAACCUUCGCGUCAGGGUCCGCGUGAUCGCCACGCGGAGCGACGUCAGAGAACUGGUCUCUCGAUUCUGCGACAUCUCCCCGCCGCCUCCAAUCAGCUACUCCGAACACAUCUACACCGCCCUCUUCCAAGCUUGCGCCGGCCAUGGCUGCCUACAAGAAGGCCGAUACUUGCACCGUCACAUGGUUUCCAGCCAUCUCGAUUACCGCCCUGAUGUAUUCCUCUCGAACCACCUCCUCAACAUGUACGCCAAGUGCGGCGACUUGGAGAAUGCGGGGAAGCUGUUCGACGAAAUGCCCCAAAGAAACACCGUCUCCUGGACCACGCUGAUUUCUGGGUACGCGCAGCGUGGCCGAGGGGAAGAAUGCUUCUCCUUGUUUUCGGACAUGAUGGCUGCGGCUGAUUGCCGCCCCAAUGAGUUUGCUUUCUCGAGCGUCCUGGCCUGCUGCGAGGACGCUCACGGCGGGAAGCAAAUACACAGUCUUGCAUUGAAGCUGGCUUUAGAUUUUAGCGCUUAUGUGGGAAAUGCUCUCAUUACCAUGUACAGCAAGGUUGCGGAUUGCGGAGAAGCUUGGAGGGUGUUCGAGAGAAUGGGGUUUCGAAAUCGUGUGUCCUGGAAUUCCAUGAUUGCAGGGUUCCAUGGCAGGAAGCUAUGGGGGAAAGCUGUUGCUCUGUUUAAUGAAAUGCAUAGAGAUGGAGUUGGGUUCGAUCGUGCAGCAUUGCUUAGUGUCAUUGGUUCGUUGAGCGACUGCAAUGUUGAUUCGGGUAUUAGCCAUUGUAACCAGGUGCAUUGCCUUGGUAUCAAGACGGGGAUCGUCUCUGAAAUUGAGGUAGCAACUUCUUUACUAAAAGCUUACUCUUCACUCGGAGGAGACCCUUCUGAAUGCUUUAGACUCUUCACUGAAAUGGAUGGCCGACGAGAUAUCAUUUCGUGGACGAGCAUCAUAACCGCUUUUGCAGAAGAUAAACCAGAAGAAGCAUUCUUCCUCUUCAGGCAACUCCACAGGGAUGAGGCAUUCUCGCCAGAUUGGUUCACGUUUUCCUCAAUCCUUAAAGCCUGUGCAGGACUAGUGACUGAUAACUACGCUUCAUCGAUUCACUCGCUGGUGAUCAGAACUGGGUUUGACUCCGACACUGUGCUUGCAAACUCUUUGAUCCAUGCCUAUGCAAGGUGUGGGGUCAUUGCUUCAUCGAAGCAAGUUUUUGACGAGAUGAAGUACUGCCGUGAUGUGGUUUCUUGGAACUCGAUGCUAAAGGCUUAUGCUUUGCACGGUGGUGGGCAAGAGGCAUUCGAUCUCUUCUCGGAGAUGGAUGUUCCACCUGAUUCUGCCACGUUUGUAUCUUUGCUCUCAGCUUGCAGCCAUGUGGGAAUGGUGGAGAAAGGGACUCAGAUCUUCAACUCAAUGUCUGAAAUUCAUGGUGUUUCCCCGCAGCUUGACCACUACGCCUGCAUGGUUGAUAUCCUUGGUCGAGCUGGUCGUCUUUCUGAAGCAACGGAGCUAAUCACCAGCAUACCAAUGGAGCCUGAUUCUGUCAUUUGGAGUUCACUGCUUGGUUCAUGUAGAAAGCACAACAACACAGAGUUGGCCAAGUUGGCUGCUGAUCGACUAACCAAGCUUGAUCCUGAGAAUUCAUUAGGCUAUGUACAAAUGUCGAACAUAUUUUCCCUAGAUGGUAGUUACAAAGAAGCAGGGUUAAUUAGGAAGGAAAUGAAGGGCUCGAGGGUACUGAAGGAGCCCGGAUUGAGCUGGAUGGAGAUCGGAAACCAGGUGCAUGAGUUUGCCUCUGGAGGAAGGCGCCAUCCUGAUAGAGAGGCCAUAUACGGAAAGCUCAAUUCCCUCGUUGCAGAACUGAGAGCAAAAGGUUACGUGGCUGACACUAGCUUGUCGUUUCAUGAUAUCGAGGAAGAGCACAAGGAGCAGCAACUGUAUUACCACAGUGAGAAGCUAGCUCUGGCUUUUGCUUUGGUGAAAGGCGAAGAGAAUUCAUGUGCGGGGAGUAGGAAGAGCGGUGUGAUAAGGAUAAUGAAGAACAUUCGUAUUUGUGUCGACUGUCACAGCUUCAUGAAGUUGGCAUCAGGGGUACUUGAGAGGGAGAUUGUUGUGAGAGAUUCGAACCGGUUCCACCAUUUCAGGGAUGGCGAGUGCUCUUGCAGUGACUACUGGUAA